AAACUAGCAAUUUGGCAAGUCAGUGCAAGAGGCUGGCUUCUGAGAGGCUUUCAGGAGCCCGAAGAGAGGAGCUCCACGGGAGGAGGGAGUGCGUGUGCUCCGGCUUUUUUUUUUUUUUUUUUUUUUUUUUUUCCUUUUUUCUUUUUUUCUGAAUGAACAGCUUUGCCUAAGUGACUGAAAAACAGCUUCUUCCUGAAUCUACCGGCUUAGUUGCUGAAGAGAGCUCUAGACAGGGCAUGGCUCUGAAGACUCACUCUUUGGAAUGUCCUCUUGCUCCCGGCUUAUAAACAACUGUCCUGAGGAAAGAAAGGUUUUACAUAGCCAAAGACAGCCUGACAAAUGGCACUUCGGAACUGUGCUUUUUGAUGACAACGCGUUCGAUUUCUGACAAAGCCUCUCGCACGCUGCCCCUGGAGGGAAGUCCUAAGUAAAACUCAGACCCUCCUUAAAGUGAGGAGUGAGGGCUUGAACGGUGAACACGGCAGCAUGGCAUCCGCGGGGCACAUUAUCACCUUGCUCCUGUGGGGUUACUUACUGGAGCUUUGGACAGGAGGUCACACAGCUGAUACUACCCACCCCCGGUUACGCCUGUCACAUAAAGAGCUUUUGAAUCUGAACAGAACGGCAAUAUUUCAUAGCCCUUUUGGAUUUCUUGAUCUCCAUACAAUGCUGCUGGAUGAAUAUCAAGAGAGGCUCUUCGUGGGAGGCAAGGACCUUGUGUAUUCCCUCAGCUUGGAGAAAAUCAGUGACGGCUAUAAAGAGAUACACUGGCCUAAUACAGCUCUAAAAAUAGAAGAAUGCAUGAUGAAAGGAAAAGAUGUGGGUGAAUGUGCAAAUUAUGUUCGGGUUUUGCAUCACUAUAAUAAGACACACCUUCUGACCUGUAGUACUGGAGGUUUUGAGCCACUUUGUGCCUUUAUCAGAGUUGGAUAUCAUUUGGAGGAGCCUCUGUUUCACCUGGAAUCAACCAUAUCCGAGAGAGGAAGAGGCAAAUGUCCUUAUGACUCCAGUUCCUCCUUUGUCUCCACUUUAAUUGGUACUGAAUUGUUUACUGGACUCUACAGUGACUACUGGAUCAGAGAUGCUUCGAUCUUCCGCAGCAUGGGACGACUGUCCCAUAUCCGCACUGAGCAUGAUGAUGAGCGUCUAUUGAAUGAACCAAAAUUUGUAGGUUCAUACAUGAUUCCUGACAAUGAAGACAGAGAUGACAACAAAGUAUAUUUCUUUUUUACUGAAAAGGCACUGGAGGCAGAAGACAAUGCCCACACAAUUUACGCCAGGGUGGGGCGACUCUGUGUGAAUGAUAUAGGAGGGCAGAGAAUACUGGUGAAUAAGUGGAGCACUUUCCUAAAAGCCAGACUGGUUUGCUCAGUACCAGGAACAAAUAGGAUUGACACAUAUUUUGAUGAAUUAGAGGACGUUUUCUUGCUACCUACCAGAGAUCAUAAGAAUCCAGUGAUAUUUGGACUCUUUAACACUACCAGUAAUGUUUUUCGAGGGCAUGCUAUAUGUGUCUAUCAUAUGUCUAGCAUUCGGGCAGUCUUCAACGGACCCUACGCACAUAAGGAAGGACCUGAAUACCACUGGUCAGUCUAUGAAGGAAAAGUCCCUUAUCCAAGGCCUGGUUCUUGUGCCAGCACAGUAAAUGGAGGGGGAUACAGAACCACCAGGGACUAUCCCGAUGAUACCAUCCGAUUUGCAAGAAAUCAUCCACUAAUGUACCAGGCCAUAAAACCUGCCCAUAAAAAACCAAUCUUGGUAAAAACAGAUGGAAAAUAUAACCUGAAACAAAUAGCAGUGGAUCGAGUGGAAGCUGAAGAUGGCCAGUAUGAUGUCUUGUUUAUUGGAACAGAUAAUGGAAUUGUGCUGAAAGUAAUCACCAUUUACAACCAGGAAAUGGAAUCAAUGGAAGAAGUAAUUCUAGAAGAACUUCAGAUAUUCAAGGAUCCAGUUCCUAUUAUUUCUAUGGAGAUUUCUUCAAAGCGACAACAGCUAUAUAUUGGAUCUGCUUCUGCCGUGGCUCAAGUCAGAUUCCAUCACUGUGACAUGUAUGGAAGUGCUUGUGCUGACUGUUGCCUGGCUCGAGACCCUUACUGUGCCUGGGAUGGCAUAUCCUGCUCCCGGUAUUAUCCAACAAGUACACAUGCAAAAAGGCGUUUCCGCAGACAAGAUGUUCGGCAUGGAAAUGCAGCUCAGCAGUGCUUUGGACAACAGUUUGUUGGGGAUGCUUUGGAUAAGACUGAAGAACAUCUGGCUUAUGGCAUAGAGAACAACAGUUCUUUGCUGGAAUGUACCCCACGAUCUUUACAAGCAAAAGUUAUCUGGUUUGUACAGAAAGGACAUGAGACCAGAAAAGAGGAGGUGAAGACCGAUGACAGAGUGAUUAAGAUGGACCUUGGCUUGCUCUUCCUAAGGUUACAAAAAUCAGAUGCUGGAACCUAUUUUUGCCAGACAGUAGAGCAUAGCUUUGUCCAUACUGCCCGUAAAAUCACCUUAGAGGUAGUGGAAGAGGAGAAAGUCGAGGACAUGUUUCACAAGGACGAUGAGGACAGACCUCGCAGGAUGCCUUGUCCUGCCCAGAGUAGCGCCUCGCAGGGAGCAAAACCAUGGUACAAAGAAUUCUUGCAGCUGAUCGGUUAUAGCAACUUCCAGAGAGUGGAAGAAUAUUGUGAGAAAGUAUGGUGCACAGAUAGGAAGAGGAAAAAGCUUAAAAUGUCACCCUCCAAGUGGAAGUAUGCCAACCCGCAGGAAAAGAAGCUCCGUUCUAAACCCGAGCGCUACCGCCUGCCCAGGCACACGCUGGACUCUUGAUGGGAAGGAGAAAAACCAUGCUCUCUAGCAACACUGAGCAAAAUCAUAACCACUCAUCCUAAUUUCUAAGGGGCACCUCCAUCUAGGGUCAGUCUACUGCUUCCUUAGGCCUCUUCUAUGUUAUUCUUUGUUACGGGAGAGGACCUGUGGAUAGAAAGAAUUUUGACAUAAAACAAUGCCCAUUCACCUCCUCUUUCAUCACAAUGCCACCCGUUGAGCAAGAGAUCCAGAUUUGUUACCAAGAAAGAUUUUACUUCGUGAUUUGUAAAGUCUCUUCUAUGUCUCUAAUUCUACAUUGCUAAUUUUUUUUUCUUUGUGUGAAUUACUGAAUAUUUCAGUGCAAAGCUAUCAACUCGGAGAAACAGGGAUAAAAGAUAAACACUAAUAAGAGCUCUAGAAAAAAGGGAACAAAGUCUUUGCCUGUUUAGUAAGUGGCAAUUCCAUAUAUAUUUUAGAGUUUGUUUCUUUCUAAAAUUAGUUAAAUACUUAGAAUGUUUGUAAUGAGUGUUCAAUAUUUGCUAUAGGG